UGUCACGUGACCAACUGACAGCCGGAACUUGCAACCCUGAAAUUUUGCAAAAUUAGUUCAAUUUUACAUAGUGUUUUAUAGCUUAUUGUUCAUGCUAAUUUAGUUGUAGUUGAAUGCAAUUAUUACAUUGUUAUUUUUCCCCUGUUUUGCAUUAUAAUUCCUUAUAGGUGCUUGGACAUGCGCUGCAAAUAUCGAUGCUAUCCGAUGUGACCUGCAACAAAGAGAAACCAGGUCAGUCAGCUGAUAGCAGAAAACCAGCUGUGAUAUGAAGAUGGAGCGUAACGAUUGGAAAAUCUGCAAUAUUUCAUCAAGUUUCUUCGAAUAAAUUUACAUUUAGAUUCUGAAUGCAUCACUACAGCUUGCAUUCAAUGUAGAUUUUAACGUUGGAACAUAGGAAUGGGCAAACUAUAGUCCUCAGCUUAGACCGAAAAGUGAGAAAAGAAUUCAUCAUUUUCACUUUUUUGGAACAAACAAUUUCAAGUGAAGUUACUGGCCUAUCUUUGAAAGGUCUUCUAUGUGAUACCCUUGUACUUGUUUUACAAGGGGACAUUUACAUUUACAGUUGAUUAUAUGCUGACUUCGUAAAAUAUAUUAAACUGCCUCAGAUCUGAUAGACUGCAAGGCAGUGGACAAGCAGAAGAAGACACUAAGAGACAAUAAUAGACAUUCAACCAUGACACAAGUUAACACUAGAGCUCCUCUUGAGCCAUUUGAAGGAGAAUACUCCUCACCUAACCAGCAGUCUGAUCCUGCAACAGACUCAAGGGAGGAUGAUCCCAUGUUGAGGAGAAAUGAGAUAAGUGAGAGCAAUAUUGGAGAACAUUGCACUGACAUUAAAGAAAACAAUGAUAAGGACAUUGAAGGAAACAAUGAUAAUGACAUUAAAGGAAACAAUGAUAAUGACACUCAAGGAGCCAGUUCAGAUAUUGAUAGUGAGGAAGAUCAGUGUUCUGAGACCGGAGAGGAGAAAUAUAUGGCAGGUCUAGCAGGACCCACACAGGGUACCUUAGAGUACCCUUGUAGUAGCAAAGAAGCUAAUUCACCUGAUGGUAGUGGUAGAUUAGAUGGCUGGAUGCCUGUAACCCCCCUUAUCGGUCACCAUUGCCAGCCCCCCGCCACUUCAACAGCAUGCAGUACCCCCCUCCUAGAUGUCAAAAGCUUUAUCCCAGUGCAAUCAACAUCUCCACCAGUAGACUCUGAUAAUACAUCUCUAUUCAUCCCAAUGUGUCGGAUUUGUCACAUGCCCGAAGAUGACUCAAAUCUGGAGAAGCUAACCUCCCCAUGCCGUUGUGCAGGGACAUUGCAGUACAUACACAACUCUUGCCUAAAGAAAUGGUUGGAAAUUACAAGCAAGAAAUCCAGAAAACCACCAAAAUGUGAAUUAUGUCAUUACCAGUAUCACAGGCAUAAAAAGUUCAAGUUUCAUCAUUGGCGGCUUCCUAGGGUAUCUAAACAGGACAAGAUUCUCCACCUUGUGUUUCUUAUCAACAUCCUUAUCAUGAUUGGCUGCGCUAUUGCCACGGUGAUGUGCUUUCUCUCGGACAAAGGACAAAUCAACAAAUUCCCCCGGAACAAGAGCAACGAGCAGCUAGGAGCCUUCCCAGUAAGAAGAGGAACUAAGCUCAAGGGCCAGAGGAGCCAGGCUAAAGAGCUGAACGAGGAGCCAGAGGAGCCACGUUCAGGAGCCAGAGGAGCCAGGCUAAGGAGCCAAAGAGCUGAACGAGCAGCUAGGAGCCUUCCCAGUAAGAAGAGGAACUAA